AUGCCUCCCAAGAAGAAACAAAGAACGUCAGGGGCUGCCGCGGCGAAAGAGAAGGCCUCGGGAUCCCAAGCCGUCCAGACUGCUUUGACGUUUGAAGACCUCAGUCCGCUGCAGAAGGCAGUGGGUGAAUGCUUGGAUGCAAUUCACUCCCUCCGGCACCGUCCGAAGGAUUAUCGCCACGAGCAGGCCUGCGGCCCACUGCCGGUGGAUGACCGAGGUCUGUUUCCGUGGCCUGUUCUGGGCGGCGGGACCUUCAAAGACAUAGCCCAGCGUGUCUGGAGUGACCAGGACAGGUUCUUGGAGGCAGUCGCCGAGAUGUUGUCCGAUGCAGGGCUCCUUCAGGCCAACUCUGUGGAUGAUCUCCUCUCCGAGUUCUGCACACCCUCAGUUUGGCCGCCCGCACCAGGCAAUCCUUUCGUGACCAGUGUUCUUUCUUGGAGCUACGAGGACUCUUCCUUUUGGAGGUUGGUUGCCAUGUCCGAAGUCUUCAGCAUAGCCAAGAAUAUGGCCAGCUUCAGAUUCCGCGAGGCCGGUCUGGACGAGUGA